GGUCAUAGAGCUGGGUGCCUUUGCCGCUCACGUUUGUGAUUGGGGCCGGCAGAAUGUGGGGCCUGUUCAUUCAACGUCAAUUCGCACCUUUCGACCAGUCAAGCAUAUCACCACCUGUUCGCGGAGCCUCAAACCCCAUCAAUACGGCAGAUUCAACAUGGCUUCUGGUUUCGGAAACGACGGAGGCCCCGGCCGAUGCUUUCCCUUCUGGCAGGAGGUCCUCGCCUGCUACGUCGUCAACACCUCCGCAGAGGACGACUCCGGGAAGAAGAAAUGCUCCCCCGCGCUCGAGGACUACUAUGAGUGCCUGCACCACAAGAAGGAGGUCAGAGCCCCCAUGACGGCUUGGACUGUCAAAACGUGCAGUCCCCAACGGGCCAUUGAACUGACGCACAUUCUCCUGGACAGGCUGCGCGAACGAUGGCCCUGCAGGCCGCUUAUAGAAAGGCCGAGUUCGGAAAUGGCAGGAGCAACGCACCGACAGCUGGGCAGAUACGGAAUCUGGGCUUACUAGACAAGGAGGAGGAGUCGAAGAAGCUGAUCAGCCAAUAAGUUAACGACACCAUACAUACCAUCUCGGCCUUCCUGGAGUGUCAGGCGCUCCGGCGAAUCGAAGCGCGAAACUUUGUACAUAUCAGACCGCUUCUAAUGUAGGAGAAUAGAAGCCCUUUGAGAAUAUGGUCUGGGCAAAGCUCGCCCUGAACAACAGUCUUGGUAGUGCUUGAGGACUGUGUCCUUGCCUAAAGGCUUGGGACUUCGAAAACGGAUCACCUCAGACUUAGGAUGGAGUCGGACAGUUUAUUGCUCCAGAGUGGUCAGGUGCGUAACUGGAAGCGCAAGCCAGUUUUCGGUGUAGUAUGCAGGCUGAUGGUGUUGGACAAAGCUCGUAACGGGCAUGACCAUGGUGAGCGAACUGCAGAAGUCAUCAUCCCCGAGAUUGCUCGGUGCCGCUGGUCCAUUUCGAUGUUUCCCAACGGCAAUAAACGAGGACGUUCUCCAUA